GGGGAGUCCUAUCUUUGGCCCAAGAGAGAAUAGAUGGGCAGCUGGUUGUCUACUUAAUAGCCAAAGAAAUAAACAGGGGAAGACACUCCUACUUGUCGACAGUAGGAAAGAAAACUCCAGCAAAUAAGCUGCAAUCAUUCAGCCACAUAUUAUUUGCCAGCUACAAUUCACACCUGUAGCAUAGAGCAGGUCACAAUUCCAGAAGAGGAGCAAAAGAGGUCUUGAAAGAAAAGGCAAAAAAUGUAGAUCCAAGAGUGCAUAUGAAGGAGCUAGCAGAGAAAGAAAUACGCACACAGGAGAAGAAGCUCAACAAUAGUCAAUAGCAAUUUCGAAAGAAGAAAAGAUGAGGGAAGUGUACCCUAGUUACUCAAGAAGAGGAUUUCGCUUUGCCAACUUCCAUAAUUUCUUUAGCAGAUUUCAAGCAUAAACUUUUUGGAUGCUAUAGUAGAAGUCUUCACCUGAGAAGUUGACGAUGACCCAUCUGGCGGUGAAAGUUUCAUCUUCGUCGUCAUGUCUUUCGCCUUUACAUCUCGUAACAGUCUAUCGUCACCGGCCAUCUUCUCCAUUCACACGGUUUGUAGCGAUGGAUACUGGAGGAGACGGUGGUGAUUGUUUAGGGUUAUGGAGUGAGAUGCGGCGAUACCAAGGGUGGAGAGAGGGUCUGUGGAUGCUAGGUAGGGGGUUGGCGAGCCUACAGAGGGGGAUAGGGCGGAAAACAUUGGUUAUUGGUGACUCAUCGGCAGAGUCACUGUUGCAGUGGGGUCACUGUGAAUGGUGAUUACUACAUGCAAUGGUCACUCCAUACGUGAGAUAAUGGUAGAUCAGUUAUCGGCGGCGUAGUCACCGUAAGUAGGUCACUGGUGUAAGAUAGUUUGCACAAUAGUAGUGCUUCAGAAUUUUUCAUAGACAAUUGACACCCCAAAUGUGUUAUAGACUUAUGGGAUAUGUAAUUUGUCUAGAAUCAAAGAUUGUGUAAAAUUUAUUGAGAAAUGCAUACACCUAGUUUUCAAAAUUAAAGCACACCCCCAGUCUUGAUUAGUACUAGUUUUCACAAUUAAACUAGCUUGAUAGUCAAAAGCAGGCAACACAUAUCACAAAAUUAAAAGUAAAAAAUAUAACAAAUCGGAUUUUGAAGUAAUCCAACCAAAUACUUACCCUAGAUUACAAUGUUUAGAUGCGUGACUAAGAUAUUUCAAUUGAAAAGAUGGUUUCGAUUUUGAAGUGUCAUCCAUCAGUUUGCACCAGUACUGUGACACCCC